UAGCCCUUAGACCCGAAGUCCCAAAACCUCAAAGAAAAACCUCCUUCCAGUUGCAAGCGCAGCCGUUUCAUCCUGCUUCAUUUCAAACAACCAUCCUCCGUCACCAAUCGAUCAACUGUUUGAAAACGUCACCGCACAAAAGACUGGCGAUAUGGGCACCCAGGGAAACACAGUGAAUGAAGAAAAGCAACCUGUCGAAGCUUCCAAAGCGUCGCCUGAUCUCAAUGAUUACAAGAUUAUCAAGGAAGGCGAAGCAGAGAUUCUUAUGCACGCCAAGAAUGCAGUCUUUUAUAACAAAGCUCAGGUAAACAACAGAGAUAUGUCGAUUUCUGUUUUAAGGGCAUUUAUAGCAAAACGAAAGCAAGAACAUGACACCUUUGUGUCAAAAAGAACAAAAGCAGCUUCAAAUAAUAAAGACAGUUCUGGUACUGAACUCGAUCCUCCAGUCCAUUUUGAUCAGAGUAAUGGGACACCGAAUAACGGGUGUGAAACCACAAAAGAGAAAUCUGAGGGCGAACAAUGUAGCAUUUCAGAAGAGCCAACAAAAAAUCCAGGGGGGAAAUGUAGAGAACUGAAGCCACCACGGAUCCUUGAGGCAUUAUCAGCUUCUGGUUUGAGGGCUUUAAGAUAUGCUCGUGAAAUUGAAGGGAUUGGUCAAGUUAUAGCCUUGGACAAUGAUAAGGCUUCGGUUGAAGCUUGUAAGAGAAACAUAAAAUUCAAUGGUUCUGUAGCCUGUGCAAAGGUGGAGUCUCACCUUGAUGAUGCUCGUGUUUAUAUGCUCACCCAUCCAAAAGAAUUUGAUGCGGUUGAUCUAGAUCCCUAUGGGUCUCCCUCUGUGUUCCUGGAUGCUGCUGUUCAGUCUGUUGUUGACGGAGGCAUAUUAAUGUGUACUGCCACUGAUAUGGCAGUGCUGUGUGGAGGAAAUGGGGAAGUUUGCUAUUCCAAGUAUGGUUCCUAUCCACUGAGAGGAAAAUACUGUCAUGAAAUGGCAUUGAGGAUACUCCUUGCUUCCAUUGAGAGCCAUGCAAAUCGACACAAAAGAUAUAUUGUUCCCAUAUUGUCAGUUCAGAUGGACUUCUAUGUGCGUGUCUUUGUUCGCAUCUAUACUUCAGCAAGUGCUAUGAAGAACACUCCACUAAAGCUGUCAUAUGUGUAUCAGUGCAUUGGCUGUGAUUCUUUCCAUCUUCAGUCGAUUGGGAGGACUGUGUCCAAGAACAACAGUGUGAGAUUUCUUCCUGGGUUUGGUCCUACAGUUCCUCAAGAAUGCAGUGAUUGUGGUAAGAAAUUCAACAUGGGUGGUCCUAUAUGGUCUGCUCCCAUCCAUGAUCAAGAAUGGGUAGCUUCCAUGCUCGCAGAUGUAAAAUCAAUGAAGGGAUGCUAUCCAGCUUAUGAGAGAAUCUGUGCUGUACUGACAACAAUUUCAGAGGAAUUACCAGAUGUUCCUUUGUUUCUCAGUUUACACAAUCUCUGUUCAACACUCAAAUGCACUUCCCCCUCAGCUGUGAUAUUUCGCUCUGCAGUGAUCAAUGCAGGAUAUCGUAUAUCAGGAACUCAUGUGAAUCCCCUGGGGCUUAAAACAGAUGCUCCAAUGGAUGUCAUAUGGGAUAUAAUGCGGUGUUGGGUCAAAAAUCAUCCCGUGAAAGCUCAAUCACCUGACCUCUCUGGAAGCGUCAUUCUUGCGAAGGAACCUGUUCUGCAGGCCAAUUUCGCACGGGCUGUUGCAUCACUGAGCAAGGCGCAGGCAAAGAAGGUUGCACGUUUCCUUCCCAACCCUGAACGACAUUGGGGCCCAAAACUCAGAGCAGGUCGGCAGAUCACUAGUAAACAUGUUUCUCUUUUGGGCCCAGAAGCGGUGAAUGGAUUAAACAAUGAUGAAGAGGACGGUGAAGAACCUGCAACAAAGCGUAUGAAGACAGAAGAUCCUGCUCUUGAUUCCUAAAGUUAUAAAUCUGUCUAUUGAAAUGUUUGCGCAGCAAGAUGAGCAUUUUAUUUGACAAUAUGUUUCUUCUGCUGCAUUUAAUGGCACAGAGAAAGAAGCAGCCCAAAUGGAUAACUCUGGAAGUUCUUACUUGCAUCAAAAGGAAGAUCGUAGCUCAGUGCGUUGAAAUCUUAAAUCACGAAGGGAAGUGUUUUCUUUAAUAUUCUUUUUAGAUUCCUUGCUGUUUCUGCUAUUGUACAAACAUUGUUAUUAUUUCAGUGUUUUCAGUCAGUGAGGGCAUAAUCAAUAAAACCAACUGAUGUGCAUGUAAACAUAGUUCGUUGCAGCAUAUUGAGUUUUAUUUUACUUUUUAGAGCUGUAAUUUGAUACGGAGUAAAUUGCUGUACAGGCGCAUGGGUGGACUGUCCACUGUCUGGCUCCUGGACCAGGCAGUGAGUCCACUGUUUGAGGGAGGGGGGACUGGGGCCGCACCUGGGACGGGCUGGUAUUGUGCUGGUUGCGAUGGUUGUCUCAAAGUAUUUGGCGAAUACUUCUUCCGUCCCUAAAUAAACGAAUCGAACUCCUCUUCAGUGACUGGAAAUUUGCAGUUGGAGAGAGUGAGAUAGACGAGGUGGGUUAGUGAUUUGUAGGAGAGAGUGAAAAAGAAAUGGAGGGGAAAUGGAAAGAAAGAAAUGGAGGACUAUGACUUUAAAUAAACAUCCUUCUUUCCUUUUCAGUCUAUCCCUUAAAAAUGUCCCAUUUCCUUAUUUAGUAAACAAAAGUGCCAAACCGUGUCAAAUAGUAUUACUUUUUAAAAUUGUAUGUAAUACAAAGUGGCACUUUAAAACAGAGACAGAGGUAGUAGCAAUUUGCAUCAACUUUAGUUUGUAAUGCUAUUGGGCUAUUGGCUAUUGUUUUGACAUUGUAGAAUAAAUAUUUCAGAUAGCAUUUAUCAGAGUGAUG